CGAAGACACGCAUGUUAGAUGAAAAAAAAAAAAAUGUAUGAGAAUAUCGAGUAUUAAGUUAUAGCCGGCAGUAGUGAGAAUUAUUAUUUUUAGGGAAGGAAGCGCGGAGAAUGAAAAACACUUUUUUUCAUUUCAGUUCUCGACAAUCGAUGAGUACGAGAGGUUUACAAAAUUAAUUGAGUAAAAGAAAAAUUUUGUGUAUAGUUUGUGUGACAAGGCAAUAAAGUUAUUCAACAAAUAUCGAAUAAAUAUUAAAAUUAUUAAAUGUACCUUAGUACCUUAGGAAAAUAAUCUCUAGCAUGAAAAAUUGUUGGUUAUUUACUUACUCAUAGAAUAAUAAGAAGAAAAGUAAAAGAUCGUGAAAAGUUUAUGUUGUCCUCAAGUAUAUAAAUGUAUAGAAAACUAUUUGAGUAAUUUGAUUCCAUCAGUUCUAAAUAAUUAAACAAAGGAAUUACAAAAGGUGCAAAUUAGUGAUCCAAAAAUGACGUUUGAAAAUAAUUUGGAAUCGCUUAUAAGUCACAAAGAUAAUAAUAAUGUAAACAAUCAUGUGGUUAUUGUGCCUGCUAAUGCUGAUAAAGAAGUGAAUAAUGUAUUAAAAAAUGAGUCUGCUGAUGUCUACGAACCUCCUGAUGGAAGCUUUCGAGGAUAUGCAGUCAUGAUAUCAGCAUUUAUGUGUAAUGGAAUCCUAUUUGGCAUUAUAAAUACAUAUAGUGUUAUAUAUCUUAGUCUACAAAGGCAGUUAAAGGAAAGUGGCGACGAGCUUGCAUCAAGUAAAGCAUCCUUGGUUGGAUCGUUGACUAUUGGAGCUACAUUCUUCUUUUCGCCAGUAUCUGGUAUUCUUGUUGAUAAGCUGGGGUUACGUACGACAACUUUUCUUGGUGGAAUCUUGACCACCACUGGAAUGUUUAUUUCUUCAUUGCAUAUAAAUACUCCUUUUGAGCCUGAAAAGGUUUCAAUUUUGUACGUCAGCUAUGGAUUAAUGUUUGGUACAGGAGCAGCUCUCGCCUAUACUCCAACAUUAGCGAUUCUUGGACAUUAUUUUAAAAAGAAGAUGGGAAUUGUAAACGGAUUUGUUACUGCUGGAUCUUCAGUUUUUACAUUCUUGAUGCCUCCAUUUUUAACAGAGAUCGAGCAGCAGUAUGGAUUAAAAAAUUGUUUAAGAACAAUGAUGGUAAUGUCGAGUUUCAUAAUUUUAUUCUCAAUUAUUUAUAAGCCACUCCAACCACCCCCACCAAAAAAGCCAGAAAAAAUUAACAAAUCACGCUGUUACAAUGUAACAAGAUCUAUAAUCAAUUUUGAUAAUUGGAAGAGAAAGAAGUAUGUAGUAUGGGCAAUUUCUAUUCCUGUAGCACUUUUUGGAUAUUUCGUACCCUACGUACACAUUGGAAAAUUCAUUGAGGAAAAGUUUCCAGAAAAUAACAAAAAUCUGCCAUUGAUGUGCAUUGGAAUUGCAAGUGGAAUUGGACGUUUAGUCUUUGGAUACAUCUCUGAUUUACCUCGUGUUGAUCGAAUCUUAUUACAACAAAUCUCAUUUUAUUUUAUUGGUCUCAUGACAAUUUUUGUUCCACUAACAUCAAACUACAACCUGUUGCUGCUAGCAGUCUUAGCAUUAGGAAUUUUUGAUGGAUGCUUCAUUAGUUUAUUGGGACCAAUAGCAUACGAUUUCUGUGGAUCGCAUGGGGCUGCGCAAGCAAUUGGAUUCCUACUUGGGCUUUGUUCAUUUGGUUUAACAAUUGGACCUCCACUUGCAGGAGAGCUUUAUGAUAGUACUCAAUCAUAUACACUGCCAUUCAUAAUUGCUGGAAUUCCGCCGAUUAUAGGUGCUACAUUAAUGUUCGUUAUCAGAUGUGUGCAGAAUGAAAGAAAGCCAACUAAAGAGUCUAAAGAAGCUCAGCCACUUCAACCAAUGCCUCAAAUAGCAUGGUCAAAAGAAAAAAUAAUUCAAAAAGGAAAUGAUGAACGUCGUGCGACACUUGCAGCUCCAGGUACUCCUCUUUUAAAAUCUUAUCCAAUUUCCAUACUAGUGCUUCAAUCUAAUGAUGGUACAAGGAAAUAUUCGUAUAGCUAUAUGUAAUCUAUUUAUUUGUAGACUAGAUAAUUUAAUAUUCUCAUAUUUUUAUAUUAUUGUCUUUUAUUUGGCUCCAAACAACACUCUGAAAAAAUAGUGGAGGCUUUAUAGAUGUAGCA